CAAAAGUGAGAAAAAGAAACCCACGCUUAGUUCCGUCUUCCUGUCUUUCAGUGCUGUCUGACAAUUUGAACUCAAGAUGAAGCUUUUUGGAGCUCUGUGCAUGUUGAUGACUCUGUCUACUGCGUGUGGACUGCGAUGCUACAGCUGUGUGACCUCUGACUCUCAUUCCUGCAAAAACUAUGUAACUUGUCCCCCUGUCUUCGACCGCUGCUUUACACUUGACAAGUUGAACUUGAUCACAAAAGGAUGCCAAUCCAGCAUCGCAUGCAUUGGCGGCAUGGAAUGCUGCAGUAAGGACCUGUGCAACAGCACUGGAGCAGCUGGUCCCAGCAUCGUACUGCUGCUGGCAUCGUCAGCCAUCAUAACGCUCUUCCUCUAAACCUCUGGGGCGAACAAGGGCGGAGAUCCAACAUCAGUGUUGGGUGUUGAUAUUUUUGCAGGGUUCCUCUAUUUACAGUUUGGGAGGUAUAAUAAUGUGCUUUUGCUGUAAGAGGUGGGUGGUGUUGUGAGGCUUCCAGUUAUUUCCCAUUUCUUUUGAAAUUAUUUGAUUAAUCUCUAAGCUAGACUGCAUAAAUUAAUAAACUUUUAA